AUGACACGGUUCCCCUGCUCCAGCAGAUUUACCGGCUUUCUCAAAGACUUGCCUAAAUGCGAGCAUCAUCUCCAUAUUGAAGGCACCUUGGAGCCGGCGUUGCUUUUUGCCUUGGCUGCAAGAAACAACAUUGAAUUGCCUGAGUGGUUUCCCCAGACCGUGGAGGCAUGCAACAAGCGAUACUCCGAAUUCGCUGAUUUGCAGGAUUUCUUGAACCACUACUACGUGGGCAUGGGCGUGCUUAUCCACGAAGAGGAUUUUUACGACUUAGCCAUGGCAUACUUUGAACAUGCUCAUCGUGACGGAUGUCUCCACUCCGAGGUGUUCUUUGAUCCUCAAGGUCACGUUGAAAGAGGCAUUUCUGUGGAUAAAGUUGUGAACGGCUUACACAGGGCCUGCAAGGAUGCUGCUGCUAAAUUUGGCACAACCCAGAUGUUGAUAAUGUGUCUCUUGAGACACUUGCCUUCGCUGCUGGGCAUGGAGACCUUGGCAUCUGCUGAGAAGUACUAUGAGAGCGGCGUUAUUUCCGGCUUGGGCUUGGACUCUGCAGAAAAGCCGUUUCCACCUGAGUUGUUUGAAGAGUGCUACACCUCGUUGAAGGAGAAGUUCCCAGAGGUGCGUUUAACAGCCCAUGCUGGCGAAGAGGGUGACCACACCUACGUCACUAAGGCAUUAGAUGUACUCAAGGUGAGCCGUGUUGACCAUGGUGUGAACUCAAAGCAGUCGGAAGCGCUUAUGGACCGGUUGGUUAAGAAUGACACUCUUUUGACCAUGUGCCCUUUGUCGAACGUGAAGUUGCAGGUCGUCAAAGACGUGGACGAGUUGCCAUACCGUGAGUUCUUCGAUAAAGGAAUUUCGUUCUCGAUCAAUUCGGAUGAUCCAGCCUAUUUCGGUGGAUACAUCUUGGACAACUAUGUUGCCGUUCAGACCCGAUUUGGCUUUUCGGUGAAAGAGUGGUGCACAAUUGUGCUCAACGGUAUUAACGGAUCGUGGUGUGGUGAAAAAAGGAAGCAGGAGUUGAGGGAGAUUCUCGAUGAUGUCUACGGAAAGUACAAGGAUGUUUUGUAG